CUUAUUUUUUCCCUCUCUCUCUUCUUCUCCCCUCUAGUCUCCGCCGCCUUCAGCUCUUUUGGCUCAAACCCCCGAAACGAAGCACGCGACAAUCUUCGGAUGCGGCCUAGCCUCGCCUCUGGACCAACCCGAACCUCAGCUCCAAACUCGUUUAUGGCCAUGACAGCAUCCUGGUUGCACUGCUUACUUGCAUGAGCGCGGCGCCACAAUCUCUCAACAAUCGAUUAUCGGAUUUCGCAGUCGCAAAGUCUAGACCACUCCGGCCUCGUUUUUUUCGCUCCUCAUACUUAACCUCGUUCCUUGUCCUCUCCCCUCGACCUCUUGUUCCCCUCUUCUCUCUUCUCUUCUCUCCUCUCACCUCUCCUCCCCCUCUCUUCUCGACUUCGUUUCUCUCCUCCUCUCCUCUUCCCUCUUCGUGACAUCCUUGGGCGACCCUCUCUUUUCUCCUCGCCCACCAUGUCUUCCUCCUCCUCGGCUAACAAGCCGGCGGGGAAGCCCGCCCUCGUCGACUCCAAGCUCGAAACUGCCCAGCAGCUUUCCAGCGUCGAAGACUCGGCCGAUCACCUCCUCGAGACGCUUGGAUACACGCCCGAGCUGUCGCGCAAUCGAUCCACCGCCCAGGUCGCCUUCAUGUCCUUCGUCCUCGCCUCUAUCCCGUACGGUCUCGCCACGACGCUAUACUACCCUCUGGUGGGAGGCGGUCCGGUUGACAUCAUCUGGGGCUGGGUUCUUGUGUCGCUCAUCAUUGUCUGCGUCGCCGUGUCUCUGGGCGAAAUCACCAGUGUUUAUCCUACUGCCGGAGGUGUCUACUACCAAGCCUUCAUGCUGGCCUCUCCCAAGUGGAGGCGCAUUGCAUCCUGGAUCACCGGCUGGCUCUUCGUCGUUGGCAACAUCACCAUCACCCUGGCCGUAAACUUUGGCACCACGCUGUUCUUCGUCUCUUGCAUCAAUGUGUUUGAAAAGGAGCCUGGCGUUGGUGUUUUUGCGGGUGAAACCUGGCAGGUAUUCCUCAUCUUCCUGGCCCUGACGCUGCUGUGCAACGCUGUGUCUGCUCUCGGCAACAAAUGGCUUCCUUGGUUGGAUACUGCCGCUGUUUUCUGGACCUUUGCCGGUGUUAUCGCCAUCCUCAUUACCAUUCUUGUCCUCGCCAAGCACGGUCGUCACGAUGCCAAGUGGGUGUUUGGCCAUUUCGAGUCCUUCUCUGGUUGGCCCAGUGGCUGGUCUUUCUGCGUUGGUCUGCUUCACGCCGCCUAUGCCACCUCUUCCACAGGAAUGAUUAUCUCUAUGUGCGAGGAAGUCAAGGAUCCGGCCACCCAGGUCCCCAAGGCCAUGGUUGCCACCAUCUUCAUCAACACCUUUGCUGGCCUCCUCUUCCUCAUUCCUCUCGUCUUCGUCAUUCCCGACCUGCAGGAGCUCGCCGAGCUUGUGUCCGCCCAGCCCGUGCCCCCGAUCAUCAAGUCGGCCGUUGGAUCUUCCGGUGGUGCCAUUGGCCUGCUCAUUCCCAUCAUGGUCCUCGCCAUCAUUUGCGGUAUCGGCUGCACCACUGCCGCCUCUCGCUGCACCUGGGCCUUUGCCCGUGACGGCGCCAUUCCUGGCUCCAAGUGGUGGGUCAAGGUCAACAAGCAGCUCGACGUGCCUCUCAACGCCAUGAUGCUCAGCAUGGCUGUGCAGAUUAUCCUCGGAGUCAUCUACUUUGGAUCUCCCGCCGCUUUCAACGCCUUCUCGGGUGUUGGUGUCAUCUGCUUGACGGCUGCCUAUGCUACUCCCGUCGCCAUCAGCCUGUUUAGCGGACGAAAGCAGAUCCGAAGGGGCAAGUUCUACCUUGGUGCUUUUGGUGCUUUCUGCAACGUCGUCACUGUUGCCUGGUCCCUGCUUGCCCUGCCGCUGUUCUGCAUGCCAACUGUCAUUCCCGUCACCGCCCAGACAGUCAACUAUGCCCCCGUUGUGUUCGUUGCCGCGACGGCGAUUUCCGGCGUCUGGUACUGGGCUUGGGGCAACAAGAACUAUGCCGGCCCCCCCGUGCAUGAAGAUUAAGCGAGUUUUUCACUUUUCCAAGUGUUUUUUGUUUUGGAGAAUGGGCAAAUAAAAAGGAUUUUGGAUACCCAAAGAGUGGCGUUUUGUGGUGGGUGUUUGAUACGUGUGAUGAUGGGAACAGGAUUUACAUAGUUGUGUAAAGAAAGUAUUAUUCUUGAAACGGGCUCCUACCGUUAUUUAUCG